GUGUCAGAGACUGGUGAGCGCGUGACUGCUCCUCCCACUGCACAACACCACUAGGCUGUUGCUACCCACAACACGGGCUGGCGUGGGCCUACAAUUCUAGUGUUCAUAGUUUGUGUUACUCUGCCACAGUGUUGAAAUGGAAAAUAUUAAGAAUGUACUUUGUUUUCUGAGACGCGUGUCAUCCAAUGGAUUCUCACCACAAAAUAGACUGGACAUUCUUUUCGGAACUUUCUUCACGCAUCUCACCCUGACAGUAUGGAGCAGCAUGUGUGAAUGUUUGCCACAGACCUUCAUGCUGUACAAUGCUGUCUUCCUCCUCACCAUCCUGUGGAGCCUACACCAGCGUGAGUCUCAAGAAGCUCCCUUCAUGGCUCUGUGCAUCAACGCACUGGCGAUGGUGUUCGAUACUGUGCAUCUUGCACUGUUCUGGCCAUUAAUAAUGACUGGACCGAUGAAGUUUGGUGGAGGAAUGGUGGUGCUGAACCUUAUGCUCCGUCCUUUCUCCAGCUUCCUACUUUUCCGUAUUGUGCAGGAGAGAGCCCAGGCUCGGGGCACCUACCACCUACCUUCCGGCUUCGAACGCAUUUUCGCUGGCCACAAACGUGGCCUAUAUGAAGAUAUUGACCAGACUCCAAGGAGCGAGCCUGUCACCCUCCACUCUGAGACUGCUCCAAUUUCCUCGACGCCACAUAAACAAGAAACAUUUGUUGUGUGAUAAGAUACACAGAGUCCAGGAUGGGUAUAACCUGCAUAAUCAUUGAAACUUACGUGUGUAUUAUUGGGUUAUCUUAAAACAAACUCUAUUUCUUUGUGCAGUAUACAAAAUGUAGUUAACAUAUAAUAAAUAUUGUUAAACACAAACGAAAGCUAUUUACAUUUUAUGCAUUAGAUUAAAGCUACAUAAUUUUUACUAUAAGUGGAUGCCUAAAGCAUGAAUACGCCCUCGGAACAAGUGUACAAAUUUAUACCACUGACUGUAGAUGUAGAAUUUCCCGAAUAUAGCUUUUCUUAAGCUAUAACCUAUAUAGUACCUCACAGCAGUGCUACACUUCCGGGCGGCCUUUUUUUUUUAAAUAUCUAUGUCAACUCAUAGUUAGAUGGCACUGCUGAGUUGCAAUAGGAAAUAACUAACACGUGAUUAUGUAACUCAGUGCCACAAUCGCUGAAUGACCAUACAGGUUUAGCUCAUGGUUGUUCUGCAUACACACACACACACAUAUUAUAUAUAUAUAUAUAUAUAUAUAUAUAUAUA